GUGGCAUUGCGCAUGCGCAGAUCUCCGAGGCAACAUGGCGGCUGUGCUGCAGUGAGGUGCUUACGUCAAUAUUAUGCCCAUGGACACUUUGGCUGCAACUUUAUAGCCCGAGAAAAAACCCAAAUAGAGAAAUAAACUGAAUUUGUAGUAAAAAUGUCUCGCCACAGGAAUGUCCGAGGGUAUAAUUACGACGAAGAUUUUGAGGACGACGACAUUUACGGACACUCUGUAGACGAUGACUACUGCAUCUCGCCCGCGACAGCGGCUGAGUUUAUUUAUUCGUGCCGGGACUCGAGGCAGACGCGGCAGGUAGAGCCCCUGGAGGAGGAGGAAGAGCACGAGGAUGACGAGGAGAUGCCGACCUCGCCCGCCGUCACGCAGACCCUCGACUCGCUGAUGCAAGGUCGUCUGUACUCCUGUUUGGACCAGAUGAGGACAGUGCUGGGAGACUCGGUGCCUGACUCCACUCUAAACGAGGCGGCUCUGAAGUUCGACUGCGAUCCUCACCGAGCUCUCGACUCCAUUCUGUCCGCAGGAAGCAACAGCGAGCAGGCGGCCCCGCCCAAAACCCUUCCUCCACCACAGAAAGCGAAACCCCGCGAGCUUCCCGAGACGCGCCUCGAAUCCGAAGUGGUUCCCAAAGUGGCUCGGAUGACCGUCUCCGGAAAGAAGCAGACCAUGGGCUUCGACGUGCCGAGCUCGGAGGAGAACGGAGUCGGCCCGUCCGUACGCCGAGGUCCGAGCCCGGACACGACAGCGGUAGUGGCUCCAGAGACGCCGUCUAAAGCGGCGUCUGCGGCGGAGGAAUCGGCUGCCCCGACCCCACCACGAUCCACCAGCAAAAACAAACAGCGACUCAACAUCCGCACCGAGCUGGAGCAGAGGCAGGGAGGAAAACCGCUCCUCAACCUCGUCGUCAUCGGUCAUGUGGACGCAGGUAAGAGCACGCUCAUGGGUCAUCUCUUGUACCUGUUGGGGAACGUGAACAAACGCACCAUGCACAAGUACGAGCAGGAGGCGAAGAAAGCCGGCAAGGCCUCGUUCGCUUACGCCUGGGUGCUGGACGAGACCGGAGAGGAGCGAGACAGAGGGGUGACCAUGGAUGUGGGCAUGACCAAGUUUGAGACCAACUCUAAAGUGGUGACCCUGAUGGAUGCACCUGGACACAAAGACUUUAUCCCUAAUAUGAUCACAGGAGCAGCACAGGCAGAUGUAGCCGUGUUGGUAGUGGAUGCCAGUCGAGGCGAGUUCGAAGCAGGGUUCGAGGCCGGCGGUCAGACACGGGAACACGCUCUCCUCGUUCGAUCUCUGGGUGUCACACAACUCGCUAUCGCUGUCAACAAGAUGGACCAGGUGAACUGGCAGCAGGCGAGGUUCCAAGAAAUAACAUCCAAACUUGGCCAGUUUCUGAAGCAGGCUGGUUUCAAGGACUCUGAUGUGUAUUACAUCCCUACCAGCGGUCUAUCAGGACAGAAUCUCACCAGCAGAAGCACAGAAGCGGCGCUCACUGCCUGGUACAAAGGCCCGUGUCUACUGGAACAGAUAGACUCGUUCAAAGCUCCUCAGAGAUCAGUGGAGAAGCCGUUCCGACUCUGCGUGUCUGACGUCUUCAAAGAUCAAGGUUCGGGUUUCUGUGUGACUGGGAAAAUCGAAGCUGGCUACGUUCAGACCGGAGACCGGAUGUUGGCGAUGCCUCCGAACGAGACCUGCACUGUGAAAGGUAUCACUCUCCACGAUGAGCCAUUAGACUGGGCAGCUGCCGGUGACCACGUCAGUUUGACCGUCACAGGGAUGGACAUCAUAAAGAUCAAUGUCGGCUGUGUGUUCUGUGACCCCAAGGAGCCCAUCAGAGCCUGCACUCGCUUCCGAGCCCGAAUCCUGCUGUUUAACAUCGAAGUGCCAAUCACACAAGGCUUCCCUGUCCUUCUGCAUUACCAGACAGUGAGUGAACCUGCCACCUUCAGAAAGCUCAUCAGCGUGUUGCACAAAACCAGCGGAGAGGUCCUGAAAAAGAAACCAAAAUGUUUGACUAAAGGCCAGAAUGCUGUGGUGGAGAUUCAGACUCAGAGACCUGUGGCUCUGGAGCUCUACAAGGACUUUAAAGAACUUGGACGCUUCAUGCUGCGAUAUGUGGGUUCCACCAUCGCCGCUGGAGUCGUCACAGAGAUCAAAGAAUAAACUGCAGCUGCACUCAGAUCCUUCAGAACAUGCUGACUGGCCCGAGGAGCCACUGAACAGAAGUGCAGUUCCACCCAGAAACUGGACGUCACACACAAUCUCACAUCUUCAUCUUCAUCCUCUGUCAACUCUUUCAAUGGGACACGGUUUCCAGCCACAGGCUCGGCUUCUGCAUGCCUUCGAUUCCAUUCAUUCUUUCAUAAGUGGCUGUUGAACAUCUCCCAAGUACAGUGUGUUUACCCUGGGUUUUAUUAUUUUAUGUAGCUUAAUGUUCAUCUUAAUUUGACUAAUAAUCUGGUAGUAAAAAAAAAAAAAGGGGAAGUUCAUCCUGGAUGGGAUGAGAUGCUUUUAUAGGUGCAUUUUUUUUGUUCUGAGGUUAUUUAUUAAAUAUUCUUCAAGGGCUUUUGACAUUAUAGUACAGAAUAUAGUAAUAUGCAAAUACCACUGAUGUAUCAAAACAACUUAUUCUCAUAUCCAUUGCUGCUGCUGAUCCUGUGGCUGAAUAAAAAUGACUACACACAAAACAUCUGUGCACGGAAUCGGAGGGAACACUAAAGAUCAUAGCGGAGACAGAGGGAAUUAAACAUGGUCUAGGAGCACUUUGGUCAGGGUUCUAAUAGUACAUUGGUGGCCAUGAGGGGCUGAGGAACCUGUGUAUGAACUGCUGAGAACCUCUGGAAGCAGUGCAGCUUAUUUAAAACCGUUGUAUAGGUUGAUUCGAAGGUGAAAUUGUUCAAAAAUCAUGAAUGCUUUUUCGAAAUAAAAUCAUGUGAAACGGC